CCCUUUUCAGCCAUCUUGAAACGAAAGUGGACAGGUGUGUAAUUUAAUAAUUAAAUUUAGUUAUUUUUAUGAAAUAAGAGAAAAUGCCGUCUGUGACGCUUAAGGACGUCGACCAGCACAAGUUCGUGAAGGCUUUUGCCCAAUUUCUCAAAAAAACUGGCAAACUUCGUGUUCCGGAAUGGGUCGACUUGGUUAAAACCUCCCGUGCCAAGGAGUUGGCCCCCUACGACCCUGACUGGUACUACACCCGGUGCGCCGCCGUUGUUAGACACAUCUACAUGAGGUCCCCCAUUGGUGUAGGCUCUGUGACCAAAAUUUUCGGUACCCGUAAACGCAACGGAACCAAACCGUCACACUUUUGCCGCUCUGCCGGGAGCAUAGCGCGUAAAGUCCUUCAAAGUUUGGAGGGCCUCAAACUCAUUGAGAAGACACCAACAGGGGGUCGAGAAUUGACUCAGCAAGGACGACGCGACUUGGACCGGAUUGCAGCCCAGGUGAAAGCUAAAGAGCGUAAAGCGUUAAAGUCUGCUGCUGCUGUUAUUGCGCUAUAAAUGAAUAAAUAAGGUUUUUUAAGAGA